AUGCUAAAUAGUUUGCAGGAUCCAAUGUUUUUUCAACAACGUGCUAUUCUUGCACCAACUCAUGAUGUGGUGGGAACCAUAAAUGAGAAGCUGUUACAAAUGAUGCCCGGUGAGGAGAUGACAUAUCUCAGUUCCGACAACUUAUGUGAAUUUGAAGAUACCAACGCAACUGAUGCAACUUUGUUCUCAUCAGAAGUAAUAAAUGGACUUAGAUUGGCCGGAUUACCGAAUCAUAAGUUGGUGUUGAAGGUUGGAGUCCCUGUUAUGUUAUUGCGAAACCUUGAUCAACAAAAUGGCUUGUGUAAUGGCACGCGUUUACAAGUGAUGAGGUUGGGAAAACAAGUGAUAGAAGCUAAAAUCAUCACAGGAACAAACAUUGGCACUCACACUUUAAUUUCAAGGUUAAAGAUGACUCCAUCGGAUAAAAGGAUUCCAGUUAAGAUUUGUCGAAAGCAAUUCCCUAUUUCAGUAUGUUUUGCUAUGACGAUAAACAAGAGCCAAGGACAAUCACUCGAUCGUGUUGGUUUGUAUCUUCCACGACAAGUUUUUAGUCAUGGCCAAUUGUAUGUAGCAGUCUCGAGAGUGAAAAGCAAGAAAGGAUUGAAAAUUCUAAUACAAGAUGAAAACUUUGAAGUGAAGAACACAACCACAAAUGUGGUCUACAAAGAAAUGCUACAAUGUUUGUGA